AUGUUCGUAUCUCUCUUUUCUUCGUCCGGUGCUUCUCCUGCACAGGCACAGCCACUUCCACCUCAUUGCACCCUCAAACAAUCCUCUUCUUGCAUUACUGUGAAUAGCUACACUUUACACGACACACCCGAGCCAGCGGAUGAGCCUUGUUCCCCGCAAGGAGGUCGAGCAUGGAGACUUCUCAAAGAUGAACUACAACAUUCCCCACGUUCACCACUGCAGAAGGAGGAACAGCAUGUGAAAGAAAAGCGAGCUGACAGUCUUCUUCCGGAAUAUAGCAAUGCGCGAACGAGAGGUCAAUUCAAACCACAGCGAGCGAACAAAGGUACUACCAGCUACCAGCUGAGGCAAUUCGCCGAAGCUACACUGGGAAGCGGCAGUCUACGAAAGGCUGUUGUGCUACCAGAAGGAGAAGACUUGAACGAAUGGCUGGCUGUCAACGUCGUGGAUUUCUACAACCAGAUAAAUCUCCUCUACGGUUCUAUCACAGAAUUCUGCUCUCCCAUAACAUGUCCUGAAAUGAAGGCGACAGAUGAAUUUGAAUACCUCUGGCAAGAUGCUGCGACAGGCUAUCCAAAGCCCACCAAGAUGUCAGCCCCCGAGUACAUCGAGCACCUCAUGACAUGGACACAAUCACUCAUCGACAACGAAUCAAUCUUUCCCUCCAGAAUUGGCGCUCCAUUCCCUAAGCAUUUCCAAUCGACUAUCAAACAGAUGUUCAAGCGACUGUACAGAGUCUAUGCACACAUAUACUGCCACCACUAUCCAGUCAUCGUCCAUCUCGGUCUCGAGCCACACCUGAACACUAGCUUCAAGCACUACGUCCUGUUUGUGGAUGAAUUCGGCCUAGAAAAAGGUGGCGGUAAAGACUUCUGGGGUCCUCUGGGUGAUCUGGUUGACAGCAUGUUAAAGAGCGAUUGA